UAUAAGAAGGCAUUUUUUGAGGUCUUCCCAACGGACACUCAGCACUGAAACGAGUCCCCCUCUGACCAUACGCGAGCAAGAGGAUGGAAUCAGGUUCGAAGAGCCCUCGCUCGAUUACAAGGACUUGCUCUAAUUUUAGGAGGAUCAUUUUGAAUAAUCCAAAGAAGAGGAAUGCCUUAUCCCUUGCCAUGAUGACCUCUCUGCGGGAAGACAUCCUGACUGAUAUUGAUGAUGAGGACCUCAGAGUCAUUAUAAUAUCAGCACGGGGUCCUGUGUUCUCCUCAGGUCAUGACCUUAAGGAGUUGACCUCAGCACAAGGCAGGGACUAUCACACUAGUGUGUUCAGUGUGUGUUCAGAGGUGAUGACCCUGAUUCAGGAUAUACCAGUACCUGUGAUCGCCAUGGUGAAUGGCAUUGCUACAGCAGCAGGCUGCCAGUUAGUUGCCAGUUGUGACAUUGCUGUGGCAACAGACAAGUCAACUUUUGCAACCCCUGGUGUGAACGUUGGCCUGUUCUGCUCCACUCCAGGAGUGGCACUCGGGAGGGCUGUGCCCAGAAAGGUUGCAAUGGAGAUGUUGUUCACGGGCCGCCCGAUCACAGCGCAGGAAGCUCUGCUCCACGGGCUGGUGAGUAAGGUCGUGAGCGAGGAGCGUCUGGAGGAGGAGGCACUGGGUAUCGCGCGGCGGGUGUGUGAGUCCAGCCGCCCAGUGCUGGCUCUGGGGAAAGCAGCAUUCCAAAGGCAGAUGGCGCAAGGCCGCGAUGCUGCGUAUGCCACUGCUGUGGCUGUCAUGGUGGACAACCUGGCACUGCGUGACGGACAGGAGGGCAUCAGAGCCUUCCUAGAGAAACGCAGGCCUAUGUGGACUAACAGCACCGAGAAAGCCUACAAAUGACUCCUACAGACAACUGUACAGCUAAACAACUGGGUUUGAAAUAGAGGGGGCAUAAACUCUAACACUGAGAUGGCAUAAUGGCUUAUUACAGAACAGUGUACUGAUUUCUGUGGUGUGACAGCAAGGGUGGGAUAACAAGAUUUCCAUGACAGCUUCCUGUUAGGGGCUCAGUCAGAACACAGGCACUUAAAAACCCUAGAGCUCCCCCAAUCUGUAGUGCUUAAAUUAACUUAUACUUUUAUUUUGAAUCAAACGGAUGCGUGAAGUACUUAAAUAUAGGCAGAUUCGUUGUUUUCAAAAAACAAAACAUCCAUCAGUUGGCUACUCACUGUCCAGUAUUCAGUGGCUGUGACUGAACAUGAUGCAAUUUUAAGUCACUAUUAAAAUUUGAGAAUUUGUGGGCUAGAUGUAUGUUUAAAUAUAACACAUCUGUUAUUACCAGAUGGAGAUGUUUAAACCCAAUAAAAGUCAUUGGUAAAACUUGA